GUUGUCGAGGCGGGGCUGGGCAAAGGGCCGCCCACUGACGAGUAGGCCCGGCGGUGUAAGAUGGCGGCGGUGUGGACUCGGCUCUUCCGCAGGACCUUCAACAGCGGCGCCCGGCAACUGUCGGCGGCCGCCGGCGCUGAGGAGCAUCAGGGAAGUCGCAUGUGGAAAAUCGUGUCUUUAGUUGUUGCUUUUCCGGGAGUGUCCGUCUGUAUGCUGAAUUGUUACUUGAAGGCGCAGCAACACAGCCACGAGAAGGACGAGUUUGUUGCUUAUGACCACCUUCGCAUCAGGAGCAAACCAUUCCCUUGGGGCGAUGGUAACCACAGCCUCUUCCACAAUUCCCAUACUAAUCCUCUGCCCACCGGCUAUGAAGAUAAAGAGGAUCACUGAAAUUUUCGGAGCAGAGAAGAAUGCCCCAGAGAUUAUGGAUCAUUUGUUUGAGCCUAAUUAUAUAAAUGUGUUAUCCAACAAAGUGCAGAAACCAGAAUCAAGUGUUGACCACUGUUGAGGUAACACCAUAAUAAAUAUAUUAUGAAAAAUU